UAACACGGGAGUCCCAGAUGUUUUAAAUGACUAAAUUACAAUAAACGAAUACGAAGGCCAUUGUAAAAUUACUGUUAAAUUAACAACGAAUUAACAUUUAUGGUAUAAACCCAAGCUGUAAAUAUAACAUGAAAUGAUAUAGACAUCUUUGGAACAUUACAUCCAGCAAUCUGAACGCACAGAGUAUUUUAUAGGAGAUAUUCGUCGUUGAUGGAAUCAUUUUUCUGGAAUAUAAGAGUCUUCACAGCGCACCUUUCAGGAAGAGAGAGCAGUAGAGAGGCGCGUGACUGAUCCGCGCGCGCUCACGCACCGGUUACUUGUGUUGUGUCAAACACGCUCAAGUAUGGCAUUGCUCUUUUGCGAUUUCCCGAGCAGAAACGGACACCACAAACGGGAUUAUACUUCUUGAACUUCGUCGGUUUCGUGGAAUAAGUGGCUUUAAGCGCUUUUAUCGACCCGACUCCGCAUUGGUUUCCUCGUGAUUUUUCUGGCUGUAAGGAUGGCUUGUAUUCAGUAUAUUCUCGCUGCUCAAGAGCAGGCAUCUACUUUAUGUAGCAUAGGACCAUAAAUAAAAUACCAUAAAAGCUCAGUGUGCUAAAUGUUUAGACCAUAUGUGUAAAAGCAAACCAAAAAGUGAUAAGGUAAACCAAAAGCCAAGUCAUGAACAGAGAAUCAUGACAUUGUGAAUCAAGAUAACAACAUUUUUCUGGAAGCUGGAUGAAAGCCAUGGGCAAGGAGCAGGACCUUCUUCUGGCUGUGAAGAAUGGAGACCUUCCUUUAGCUCAUAAACUUCUGGCCAAGAUCAAGACCAACCGAAAUAAGUUGCUGGGCUCCACAAAGAGGCUGAAUGUGAACUACCAAGACCAAGAUGGUUUUUCAGCUCUUCAUCAUGCGGCUCUCAAUGGGACCACUGACCUCUUGUCUCUGCUGUUGGAGGCACAGGCCACCGUGGACAUCAAAGACAGCAAUGGUAUGCGUCCACUGCACUAUGCUGCCUGGCAGGGGAAGGCUGACUCUGUACUUACGCUCCUGAGAGCCGGAGCUUCUGUGAAUGGUGCUUCACAAGAUGGACAGAUCCCUCUUCACCUGGCUGCACAGUAUGGACACUAUGAGGUGUCUGAAAUGCUACUACAACACCAGUCCAACCCCUGUACUGUCAACAAGGCCAAGAAGACCCCUCUGGACCUGGCCUGUGAGUUUGGCAGACACAAGGUGACCCAGCUGUUGUUGAGCAGUAACAUGGUGGUAGCUCUCUUAGAGGGGAACGGCAGGGAUAACACCCCCCUGCAUCUUGCUGCCCGCAAUGGUCAUAAGGACAUCAUCAGACUGCUGCUAAAAGCUGGGAUUGACAUCAACAGAACCACUAAAUCUGGAACGGCUCUACACGAGGCUGCCCUCUAUGGGAAAACGGAAGUAGUAAAAUUAUUGCUUGAUGCUGGGAUUGAUGUGUUCAUCAGGAGAUUACUUAAACCCAUAGUGCAUGACUUGUUGACUACUUUCAAGCUUUUUCUCUCUCAUUCUUAUUCUUUCAUGCAUUCAUUUCCCUGGGUGGUGACAUCAGACGCUAGUGGAGCAUUGCAGGUGAGAGCUUUGAAGGACUACUGGAAUCUCCAUGACCCAACUGCACUCAACAUCCGGGCAGGAGAUAUAAUCAUGGUCUUAGAGCAGCAUAUGGAUGGACGUUGGAAAGGACACAUCCACGACAGUCAGAGAGGCACUGACCGUGUGGGAUUCUUCCCUCCCUCCAUCGUGGAGGUCAUUAGUCGCAGAUCAGGGGGCAUUCUCUCCCGGCAGGCCUCACUACCCAUUCAGAGACAUCACAUUCUGUCCAGGGCCCUGUCCUCACACAGUUCUCAUCACACCUCUCACACAGACGACUCCUACACCUUAUACUCAUCCACCCGUCCUGUACUGAUUCACCACAAUGGGCUGGAUCAGCACCCAGGUGCGAUUCCCGUCAGUCCCAGUGCCCUGUGUAAGCCAGCUAGUCCCAAAGAGCCAGAAGAUAUUUGGGUCCUCAGGACCUCUCGUAAUGCAGGUGACAGGAACAGUGUGGGCAGUGCAGGCAGCAUGGGCAGCAGUCGCAGUGCUGGCAGUGGACAGAGCACAGAGGGAAACUUUCCACACAAUGGACCCAAUCAGUCACCUUCUGCUGUCCAGGACACCACCAAGCUGCCUCCCUCUGCUGGAGAACUGGUGGAACAGUGCAGUCAGGACCCUGACCCCGCAAAACAGACGGACCCUCAUUCAGGUGCUCUUGGAAGGAGGAUUCCAUUGAGCAGCUCCAGACCUGGAGAAAAACAUGUCAUACACCCACAGCAACUUCUGGAUGGCAAGGAUGCUGAGGCUAUUUACCAGUGGCUCUGUGAGUUUCAGCUUGAGCAGUACACAUCGAAUUUCCUCACAGCUGGCUAUGAUGUGCCCACAAUCAGCAGGAUGACCCCUGAGGAUCUCACCGCUAUUGGCGUUACAAAGCCUGGCCACCGCAAGAAGAUCUCCAUGGAGAUCGGCAACAUGAAUAUCUCAGAGUGGUUGCCAGAUUACAUUCCAUCUGAUAUUGGGAAAUGGCUCUGUGCUAUUGGGCUGCCACAAUACCAGAAAAAGCUAGCAGAGAAUGGAUAUGACUCCAUCAACAUAGUGCAGGAUAUCACAUGGGAGGAUCUACAGGAAAUUGGCAUCACUAAGCUGGGCCAUCAGAAGAAGCUGAUGCUUGCUGUUAAGAAGCUCAGUGACAUCCAGAAGGCUCGUAAGAACCAAGCCGAGGGGCAGGCAUUGCUACAACGUAGGAGAGCUCCUCCUCCCCUCGAACUGGUGGCCAUCGAGCAUCACAACAGCUCCGAAUGCCCCUCGUCACCUCUAUCACCAAAGAUGCUCACCUUCCAGGACAGCGAGCUGAGCGUUGAAUUACAGAACGCCAUGGCUCGCAGCGGACACAGUGGAGGCCAAGAUGGUUUCGGAAACAUGAGUGGAACAUCCAUGCGUCUUAGUCAAGAAAGCAUCGGUACACGGUCAGGAGGGUCAGGACAGUCGCAAGAACGUCCAAUGGCAUCGGUAACCCCCAACAGCCGCACACAGGAGAGCCUAGGCAGCAUGGACAAUAGUCCCAGCAAGGAAUCUCAGGAUAGAAGCCAAAUAUCACCUGUAAAAAUGGCGCCAGUGUUGCCACGACAGCAUCAUCACCCCUCAUUUGGCAGUCCAGUAAGGACGCCACCCAUAACUACUAGUAAAAUAGCACGUUUCGCAUAUCCACCCGUCCUCACCAAACCUAGACCGGUGGUUUCUCCCUCUCAGCCCCAUCAUGGAUCACCUCAUCCGAGGGGCUUCAGCUACCUGCAGCAUCAAAACUGCAACGCCAACAUGGGAAGCCCAAGAACUAUCAGAGCCCUGCAGCCAAACGGGGACCCAUCCCAGUCCAAAAAGCGCACUCAGAGUCUUUCACGCUAUGCUAUGUCAGAUGGAGAGAAUGAAGAAGAUGACAUCUCGGCCCCUACGACAACAACCACCAAUGUGGCGUCUUAUGCCACACUCAGUCGCAAACCCGGCCGCAGCCAACCAUCUUACAGUUCCAGUGAGCGCCAAGUGGGCCGCAGUCAUUCCUUUGCCAUACGUGCCAAGAGGAAAGGUGCUCCUCCACCCCCUCCAAAGCGACUAAGCUCUGCCCCAAGUGGGGUUGAAAUGGAGAGCGCAGGAAGUGUCAAAAGCAUUGCAGCCAGGCUGGAGAACAAUACAGGAAGCCCCAACAAGGCAUGUAACAGCCCUGUUUUUAAAGCCAUGUCCCCAGCCAUCUCGCCAAAAAAUAUGGGAAACCGUAGGAGGACCACUAGUGAAUCUUCAAUGUAUGAAACAAAGCAUGGUGGAGAAAAUCCUGCUGGUGAAAACAUCAGCCCUCUGAGGAACCAGCAAAGUUCAACAUCCUCACAGGAGAGCAUACCUUUCGCAGAAGAGGGCAAAGUUACCAUCAAACAAAGGACCAAAAUAGCAUCCGCUAAGAUAGAGUCUGAGGCCGCUGUUGAAAUUCUGAAGCCGGUGCAAUCUAUCAAAUCAUCCCUAGAGGUCCCGGAGAUUAACUUAAAGGAAUCAGACACAGUCAAAAGGAGACACAAGCCAAAAGAACUGCAGAUGAAAGGUCAGGGCAGCAGCACGCAAAUAGGAAAAGAGAGGGCCGCUGAGACCGAGAUGGUCUCGCAGUGCAUGCAGAAUGGUGGAUUGACAAAAAAUCCUUAUAAAUCUGGCCUCUCUCCGAAACCAGGAUCUCCACAUAAACCUCCCACCCCUACUAAGCCCACACGCCAUUCUUCUGCAGCAAACUCAGGAGUGACAGUCAGUGUUGUACAGAGCGUGGCCUUUGCCGUCUCACCUCCAUGUAGUCCUCUGGCUCGCUGUCCACCAAACAAAGCUGCUCAAGGUCAGUCUGUACUGGCAGGAAAGCCACAGGCUGUGACGGAAGGCCAGAACGUGCUGGUCACAAAACGACUUGAGCAAACCAGCACGUCUCUCGAGGAGGCAGCACUUAAAGUUGUGGAGAAGAAGUUGGCUCAGGAAGAUCCAGCAGACAGGGGCAUUAGCACAGUGAAGUCAGCUGGGAACAUUCUUGAUGAUAUAGGGAACAUGUUCGAUGAUCUUGCUGACCAGCUGGAAGCCAUGUUGGAUUGACCUUCUGUAAUUCCUACAGGUAGAACCUUUGUGUGGGGCCUUCACAUGGGAGCUUCUGGAUGUUUUAGACAUGCAGUGUCUAACUUCUCACACUUUUGUUUACGCACUUCAGUGAUCCUGCUUACAAGCAUUGGUUUUACAGUUGAAUUAAAUGAGCUAAUUUAAUAUACCAGUUUUAAUGUUGUUGGCUGGAUCGUGCCUCACAUUUCCGAAAGAUCCACUUGAGAGCUUCAACAUAUCUUUUAGCAAACUACUGCUUUCUGCAUCUUCGUCUCGCUCGGACAGGACGUAUCUGCAGUGAAGAUUGCCGAAUGUAAGCACUUACUGUUCAGAUCUACUGUACUAAAGCUCUUUCAACAGAGACGAUUUAAUUUCCUGUUGGCCUCUAGCAAAUGGAUAUAUGGUGUAAAAUCAAAGUGAGAUACAACCUGAACUUGGUUUCAAGUACAAGAGAUUCAUCACCCUUCAGUUUUGUUUUCUGUAGACUGAAAGAUCCCGUACAAAAGCAACAAUACAGCUGAUCAAAACCAUAACCAAGAAAAUGCUUGAUUUAUUAAUGACCCAAACCUCAUGGACCAAGUAUGUUUGACUGUAUUGUAACUAAAACUAUUUUUAAAAAAAAGGUCAAUGGCAACAGAUUCAGUGUUGUACAGUAUAUUUUUAGAUUCACUGUACAUUUUAUGUUUCAGUCUUUGCAUAAGAUUCAACUAGAGCUUAACAUGUUAAAAAAAAGAUUUUUCUUAGCAUAUUAAUAGUAUAUUUUGACAACCGUUGUGUUUGGGGAAAGAGAAACAUUAUAUGGAUUACAUCUAUUAUAUAUUUUUGUACCAGAAUGAUAAUUUAUUGGGUUUGUCAGGUUAAAAGUCCCUCUUUGUGAAUUCUGAAAUUGAGAAGCAAAAAUAGAAACUGUUGCAAAGCACUACAUUUUUAGGCUCGGCUGACCAAAAGGGAACUUUUAUUUGAAUAAAAUGGGGCCUAUGUGGUUAAUAAAAACA